CUUGCUGCCAACUCCCUCUCUCUCUCUCUCUCCCUGGCCUGCUGUUAAUGCUAGACCGACCUUCACUUUUCUCCGGUUCUCCAAUACUCUCGGUCGUUAGUACAAGUCUGCUUUGUAUUCCCCUUGGAACUUCGAGAAGGAACUUUUGGGUUAUAAUCGUGAACUUCACCCGGAAGUUGCGGAGGCGUAAACUGUUCGUGUCGAGAUCCCACUGAAACACAAAAAGGUUUGAAUCGGGAAGUGGCGAUACAUGGCUUCCAGACAGCAGCUCCAAAGUCUGGUCGAGGAGACAAUUUGUCCCAUUUGUCUGGAUUUCUUCACCGAUCCGGUUACACUGGAUUGUGGGCACAACUUCUGCCGCUUCUGCAUCACCCAGAGUUGGGAAAAGAAGGAGAUAAAUCCCUGCCCGGAAUGUAGAGAGGAGUUUCCGGAAAGAAACCUCAGGGUAAAUCGGGCCUUAGCGAAUCUGGCCGAGAAAGCUCGAAAAUUAAAGCUGGAGCCGAAAGAGACGAGAAAUAAAGUUCACUGCGAGGAACAUCAGGAAGAACUGAAGCUAUUUUGUGAAACUGACAAGAAGUUGGUCUGUUACACUUGCAGAGAUUCGCGGGAACACAGACAGCACUUCUUCCUACCGAUUAAAGAAGCUGUUGAAAGUUACAAGGCAGACAUAAAAUGUUUCUUGGACGCUCUCACUAAAAAGAAGACAGCGGCUCGAGAUAAGAAACUGAAACAACAACAGAAGAUUUCCGAAAUCAGGGAACAGGCGAGCAGUCUGCAGACCCACAUCACAUCCGAGUUCACUAAAAUGCACCAGAUUCUCACUGAGAAAGAGCAGCGUUUACUCAGAGAUCUCAGGGAAGAAGAGGAGAGGAUUCUAAAACCGAUGGAGGAAAAUCUCCGGAAAAUUCAAGAACAUGUGAAUUUUAUUGAGCAAGAGCUUUCGCAAUUGCUGGAUCAAGUGAAGCAAAACGACGACCUGAUAUUUCUGAAGGAAGAAGCUGCUUGGAAGAGAAGGAUUAGUGAGGAACGCCAGAUACUCGCAAUACAAGAUUUUGGCUUGUCAAACCUGUUGACCAGGAAGUUUGAUGGUCCUUUACAGUAUACAAUAUGGAGGGAAAUGAUUCAUGCCAUUAAUCCAGCUCCAGCAUCUCUGACUCUGGAUCCAAACACAGCGCAUCCCCAACUUAUCCUAUCUGAGGACCGGACCAAUGUGAGACACGGAGGCAAAUGUCAGUCAAUCCCUGACUGCCCAGAAAGAUUUGAUUCCUGGCCCUGUGUCCUGGGAAUGGAAGGAUUCAUAUCGGGGAGACACUAUUGGGAGGUUGAUGUGUCGAACAAGACUCAGUGGAGUCUGGGAGUGACCAGAGAAUCUGCUGAGAGAAAGGGGAAAAUUGACUUUAAACCUGAGACUGGAUACUGGAUUGUCUGGCUCGAGUCCAGAAGCUUCUUUUCAGCACUCACUGCACCUUCCUUAACCCCCCUUCCGCAAAGUGUGAAUCUCCAGAAAAUUGGAGUUUACCUGGACUAUGAGGGUGGCCAGGUGUCAUUUUACAAUGCAGACACCAUGUCCCGUCUCCACACUUUCACCCACACUUUCACUGAGAGGCUCUUUCCGUUCUACCAUCCUGGGUUGAAUGAUGGGGGUAACAAUUCUGCACCACUGAAAAUCUGUGGCUUUAAAUUUAAUAACAUAUCCAUCCUAUAAUUUUACCCCGAUCCCCCAAAUCCUUCCAACUGAUCGGUGUCAGUCUCAGUCACGGGUGGAGAGAGAAGCCAGGAACUGGGAACUGAAAGAUCAGCAAGGAGUUCAAUAGGGCUGAGGGAUAGAAGAAGGACAGAGAAGUAACAAAAUAGGUUCAACUGUAGUGAGAAAUUCUCUGGGUAAAUUGAGGUACCAACUACAGACAAACAAACAUAAUUGGAUGGAGAAAUUCAGCAGGUCUGGCAGCAUCAAAAAAGGAUCAAAAUCUCAAGUCUGCUAUUCUCUCUACUGAUGUUACCAGACCGACUGAGUUUCUCCAGCUAUUCCUGUUUUUAUUUCAGAUUUCCUGCAUUUGUAAUUCUUUGUAAUGUACAUAUGAACUUCAGGAAGCCGGCCCCUACUGUCUGUAGUACUCCUCAAUAGGAGACAGGUGGCACUACCUGAUGGUGUUGGUGAUGAAUCAGUCAUGAUUUGGAAAUGCUGGUGUUGGACUGGGGUGUUCAAAGUUAAAAAUCACACAACACCAGGUUA